UCUCUCUCCCCCUCCCCGUCCCCUUCGGGGUAGGGGUUGGAGCAGCUCCUGGCACAGGCCCGGCAGUCGCUUGUCAUCCGCCGAGGACUUCGCUACUGGCUCUCUUCGUUAAGCGCUGGCACAAUGAGGUCGCUCAGUUUACUGUGGCCGCGUUACCACUGACCUUUAUCUCUUGGAAUAUGGCCGCGCCGCUCCCCGCGGUCGCUCCCAGGCUCAUGGCAGGGCCGGCGGGAGGUGGCGAAAGGGAGACGCGGAUGCUACCACGGUCGCCACUGCUGUUGCCUCUGCUGCUAGGAAUUCUCCUCAGCCGGUGCCUGGGAGAACAGCCCGCUCGCGCCGCCGCCGCCUCUUCCUCCUCCUCCUCCUCCUCCUUGUUGCCCGGGGCAUCUGAUUCUGAGGAAACGGUGAUAAUAGGGUUACGGCUGGAGGACACGGACGACGUGUCCUUUAUGGAAAAGGGAGUGCUCCGGGUGAGCGAGAGAACUCGUGUCAAACUGCGGGUCUACGGGCAGAAUAUCAAUAACGAGACCUGGUCCCGCAUCGCAUUCACCGAGCAUGAACGGUGGAGGGAUGGGGAAGGCAGGCGGCCGCCAGCUGAACAAGAGGACGGUCCGGUCCCCGUGGGCUCCAUGUCGUCGGCCCCGCAGCGUUGCGGCAUCCGGACGUCGGACAUCAUCAUCCUCCCGCAUAUCACCCUCAACCGCCGUACCUCGGGAAUCAUCGAGAUCGAUAUUAAGCCGUUGCGCAAAACGGAAAAAAGCAAGUCGUACUACCUGUGUACCUCGGUGUCUUCCCCUGCUAUCUUAGGAGGGGCGGGGAGUGUGGCCGGGAGCCCCGGUGUUGGAGCUGGCAUUAUUGGUCCCGAUGGAGGGCCCUGGACUGAGACCACCUGGAUCUAUCACGAUGGUGAGGACACCAAGAUGAUUGUAGGUGAGGAGAAGAAAUUCUUGUUACCCUUCUGGCUUCAGGUGAUCUUCAUCUCCCUCCUGUUGUGUCUUUCUGGCAUGUUCAGUGGUCUCAACCUGGGACUUAUGGCUCUUGAUCCUAUGGAGUUGCGUAUUGUGCAGAAUUGUGGAACAGAAAAAGAAAAAAACUAUGCUAAGCGCAUUGAGCCUGUGCGCCGCCAGGGCAACUACUUGCUCUGUUCUUUGCUCUUGGGUAAUGUAUUGGUCAAUACUACUCUUACCAUCCUGCUCGAUGACAUUGCAGGUUCUGGACUGGUGGCGGUGGUAGUAUCCACCAUUGGUAUUGUCAUUUUUGGUGAGAUUGUGCCACAGGCUAUUUGUUCCCGGCAUGGUCUGGCUGUGGGUGCCAACACCAUCUUCCUUACGAAGUUCUUUAUGAUGAUGACCUUUCCAGCCUCUUAUCCAGUCAGCAAACUGCUGGACUGUGUUUUAGGGCAAGAGAUUGGUACUGUCUAUAACCGUGAGAAGCUACUUGAAAUGUUAAGAGUCACUGAUCCUUACAAUGAUUUGGUCAAAGAAGAAUUGAAUAUAAUUCAAGGAGCGCUGGAAUUGCGCACCAAAACUGUGGAGGAUGUAAUGACUCCUCUCCGGGAUUGCUUCAUGAUUACUGCUGAAGCUGUACUUGAUUUCAACACUAUGUCUGAAAUCAUGGAGAGUGGAUAUACACGUAUCCCGGUUUUUGAAGGAGACCGCUCUAAUAUUGUGGACCUUCUUUUUGUCAAAGACUUAGCUUUUGUGGAUCCUGAUGAUUGCACUCCACUCAAGACCAUCACACGUUUCUAUAACCACCCACUGCACUUUGUCUUCAAUGACACCAAGCUUGAUGCCAUGCUUGAGGAAUUCAAAAAAGGUAAAUCUCACUUGGCAAUUGUGCAGCGGGUGAAUAAUGAAGGGGAAGGGGAUCCUUUUUAUGAAGUCUUGGGCAUUGUUACCUUGGAAGAUGUAAUUGAAGAGAUCAUCAAGUCUGAGAUUCUAGAUGAAACAGAUCUCUACACUGAUAACAAGACCAAAAAGAAAGUAGCCCAUCGGGAGAGAAAACAGGAUUUCUCUGCCUUCAAACAGACAGAUAGUGAAAUGAAGGUUAAAAUCUCACCACAGUUGCUUUUGGCAAUGCACCGUUUCCUAGCAACAGAGGUGGAAGCAUUUGGCCCAUCCCAAAUGUCUGAAAAGAUCCUCCUGAGGUUACUAAAGCAUCCCAAUGUGAUUCAGGAGCUGAAGUACGAUGAGAAAAACAAGAAAGCCCCUGACUACUACCUCUAUCAGCGAAACAAACCUAUUGAUUACUUCAUUCUAAUUUUACAGGGAAAAGUAGAAGUAGAGGCUGGGAAAGAAGGAAUGAAGUUUGAAGCUGGUGCUUUCUCUUACUAUGGAGUGAUGGCUCUCACAGCCUCACCAGUUCCUUUAUCCUUGUCUCGUACCUUUGUUGUCAGCAGAACAGACAUAUUAGCCCCAGGCAGUCCAGCUGAAAAUAAGUCACCACCUCGUUCUUGUGGCUUAAAUCAUUCAGAUUCUCUUAAUAGAGGAGAUCGCAUUGAUGCCAUGACACCAGCAAUAGGGAAUAGCAACAAUCAGUUGAACUCCUCAUUUCUUCAAGUAUAUGUUCCAGAUUACUCAGUCAGAGCAAUCUCAGACAUUCAAUAUGUCAAGAUCUCAAGACAGCAAUACCAAAAUGCCCUAAUGGCAUCUCGAAUGGAUAAAACACCUCAGUCCUCGGACAGUGAAACCACUAAAAUAGAACUGACUCUUACAGAACUGCAUGACAGUUUGCCAGAUGAGAUGGCAAAUCUACUGAACGAACAGAACUGUGUAACUCACAACAGGUCCAACCACAGUAUGCAUAAUGAAGGUACCAUCUAGGAAUUGUCACACAGCUUUCAUCCUCUUUCUCUGAUUUCCAUCUUCGUCCCCGGUUCACCAGGACCAAUCCUCCCUCCUUUGCCCUCUCUCCGACUGUGACCACCAUUAACAUGUGCUUAUAUCCAGUGCUCUGAGACCAAAGACAUCCUGGGAGCAGGAGACAACACUGGGAAGAAAUGGGAGCUCAGAGAAUGAGAGCACAGAAAGAAAGAAAAAAAAAGAAAGAAAGAAACAAGCAGCAAACACCUAAGCAAAGCUUGGCAAUGAUGAGCCAUCUUUUGGGGACAAAUGGCAACAUUAUUCCAAGUGGAGCAGAAUCAGGUCUAUUUUUUUCCAGUUAUAUUGGUAAUCCUUUGAAAUAUAUGCUGAAAAGUCAACGCAACUGUGGUUUAUUUUUUCAAGCAAUAUCAUGAAUCUUUUUAAAAAAAAAUAUUUUGCAGUGGUAAAUAUUGCAGGAUAUUUAUUCCCAGUUAAACUCUACUGUAUUAUUUGUGACUUUGUUCCAAUGGUCCCAUCUUUCAUUUAUUGUUUUUCCCCUUAGAUAAAAUGACAAAGUAUUGUCAUUUGUAGAAUGUAUGGUCGGGGGAAAAUAUGAAUGAUCCUUAAAAAACUUAACACAGGUUGCUCUUGAGACUGGAGAAAAGUAAGUGGCCCCUUAAUCCUUCCGAGUUGUGCAUGAGGCCAUAAGAGGCCAUAGUUUUGAGUCCAAGAAUAGUGGAAUACAUGGGCACCAUAUGAAAAAAGGAAGAUUUGUGUCCUGAAAAAUUGCACAUAGUAUUUUAUUUAUUUGGGAGAUAAGUAGCGCUUUUUGCUGCUUCUCCUUUGCUGAGUGCAUGUCUAAACUUUGGAGUAUUUUCAGAGUCUAUGUAUUGUCAGUCAUGCCGCCCUUUACUUUCAACAAAGAACUUGUUGUUAAAGAUAUGUUAAGAGAGCUGACCUUUUUGUUAUUUAAAAAUGCUGCUAUGCUGAUAGCCAAAGUCAAUCCUCCCAAAGGCUCUGUUUUUAGAAGAUACGUGCCCCUGUAGAUGCUGCUGGGCCAGCCUCUUGUCUUAGAUUUAAAAAUUCCUUUUAAGAUAAAGUCAGUGUGUGUUAGAGGAGUCUAGGCUGGAAGAGAGAUGGGAUGUGUUUCAACAACUGGGACAUAAUUUCUAUUUUUCCAUACAUUAUUUCUUUAGAAGUCCUCUUUUUAACCUCCAGUUCUUAAUCAGCUGUUCAGAAUUUUUAUCAACACUUGGGCAUGAAAAAUGAAGAGGCAAAUCUCUUUGUUCCCUGAAGAACGUGCUACACCUCAGGAAGUUGCAAUUUAUUUUGUGGCACCUUGGGAGCGUUCUCCAAGGAAUGCCUUGCAGUUACAUAUUUAAAUAAUGUCAUUUGACACUGCUGAUGAGAUCGUGAAUUGCCUGUGCCAGUCUCUCUGCUUACAAGAAAUGUGACCAUGAAAAUCUAGUAUUACUGAAUGAAUAAAAAGGUUCUAUUCUGCAGAAUAGCAUUCAGGGCUGACCUCCAGGGUGUGUUAGCUACGAUGACCUCCUGAGCCUUGAUUGUUUUUUUCCCUGCUCUUACUGGAACCCUGAAUUUACAGGGAUACUUUGCAGAUGAUGUGUUGGUUCUUUGCAGAUGUGAGUCGAACCUUAUGUAAAUUCUCUAUAGCUCUGCUUAUGCAAAUAUCCUAUCCCCAAACAGUUGUGCGCCUAAGUGAAAUUUAUUUUAUUUUAGGUUGUGAUUUUUAUUUUGCAGUUUAAUCUGUAAAUAUGAAAGAGCUGUUUUUUUUCAUUGUGGACCACAAGACCUUUUGAAUUCCCAUGAAGCACACUGUUCUCCAUGUUCUACAGAAUGCCAUUGAAUAGGAUUGACAUUUGAAACUUUCUUUUUAUUAGCAUAAUACUUUAACCUAUUAGUUUUUUUCAGGCUUGUCAUGAAAUGCAGACAAACUACUUUAGAGGCUACACAAUGCAAUGCCCUUAAAUAUUGAAUUUUCAAAUGUAAUGUGCUGUUGAAAAUGAUGCAUUAUAAUUUGGCCUGUUAUGACAAAGAUAGAUUCUUCUUGUGUCUGUAUUUCAUAUAUCUCUUUUCAUAUUUUGUUCCCCAUAACACAUACUGAAUUGUUCAAAUUGAUUAUAUCCAAAUGAUUAUGCUGGUUCGUCAUGAAAAGAUUUUCUAGAACUUCCUAAAUAUUUUAAAUAUAUAUAUAUCAAUAUUUUGUAAUUAUUUCAAAUCAGUAUAUAUAGUUGAAUGACUAAGUAUUCCAGUCCAGAGCCUAGAUUUUAAGAGUGACCUCUCUCCCUGAAAAAAAAAUGGUGCCUGGAAGAAAUUAGUAGCAGGCCAUUUGUAGUAUAUCGGCUUCCCAGCCAAUGCCAAGCUAAAGGUGCUCUCAGUUCAAAAGAAGAGGUAAUGUUUUAGAAGUUGAUGUCUUUAUAUCUGCUCUGUCAAAAUGUGCAUUACAGUUGGACUUUACUUUCUGAUGAGUGGUCUCCUUUCCUGUUCAAACUUCAAGAUUGCAUCAUGUAUUAAAAUGUAAUGUGUAAAAUUAACAUCCAUUGGAUUAUAUGAAUUUACUCAUGUCUUUAAGAAUAUUACUCAAUUUAUUUAAAUUCUGCUUUUCCUGUAUUAUACCAAUCAUUUUAUCCAUUUUUUUUAAAUAUCCAAAUAUAUUUUGGGAAGUCAUGUGACUUUCACAGUCACUUUAGACUGGAAUGUUUGGGGCCUUUCCCAUUCAAAACCACAAGGCAGGAAAAGUUUGAAAUCUUUGACAAAACUUUAACAAAAGUUUUAACAGAAAUCUUCCUGGCCUCCCAUCUGCUCAUGUUGUUUUCAUUGUUUCUUCUUCUGGGAUUUUGUACUCAGCAAUGGUCAUUAAGCUUUUGUAUAAGUCUUAGAGAAAUAUAGUCCUUUGAACCAUGUUUGUUUUUUCUUAUACUAGUUCUUCAACUCCCUGUGAAUUAGUUUUGCACUUACUAAUGUGAAUGCCUUAUAUCUUUUAGGACAAUAGAUUGCUAAAUCUUCAUAAAGUGAUAACUAUUUCUUGAAAUGUUUUGUUUGUGAGGUAAGAUUUUAGAGAUAAUCGUAAAGACUUCAUUUGGUGGUUGGAGUUAGCCCCAAGUGUUUCUUCUCUAAGCUUGCAUACUGUGGGUAUAGAAGAUUUGCAAAGUUUCACUGAUCUUAACCAGACACCUAAAGCACAAUGUUGAACAUUUGUUCAACAUUUGAACAUUUAAGCAUUAAUCAUCCAAGUGUGGCUGAAGAUUAGGGCUAUGCAAUUUAAUGAAGUUCAGUAAAUCAAAUUACGUAUCUUUGCAUAAUUAAUUUCCAAAAUAUUUUGCAUGCUUUCUCUUAAGGAGCUAAAGUUAAUUUCCAAUUCCAUGUGAAAUAUGUU